GAUGCAUUUCCCUUUUCUCGUGUCCUUUUUCUUUCUGUCCUUCUUCAGUGUACAAACCUGAGAGAUCGUGUGUAAAGAAAACAUGUUGUGUGCCAGCACUGGUCUUUUUUAGUCUGUUUGUCAGCACAAACCUCUGAGUAGGUGUGGAUGUGGUAAACUCUGAGUGUGUGUUCAACAGCAUAUUGAGGUAAUGUAAAGAGAAACGGUGUCCAUGGGCUUUUGAGGUUUUCCUCUUUGAACGGAUGCUCUUGCUGCUUUACGAUCAACAGCCACUGAUUUCUGUGGCCUUGACACGCUGGUCAACAUGGCCCAGUGGAAUCAGUUACAGCAGUUAGAGACGCGGUAUCUGGAGCAGCUGUAUCACUUGUACAGUGACAGUUUCCCCAUGGAGCUGCGGCAGUUCCUGGCCCCAUGGAUCGAGAGCCAGGACUGGGCGUAUGCAGCCAACAAGGAAUCUCACGCAACGCUCGUGUUCCAUAACCUGCUGGGUGAGAUUGAUCAGCAGUACAGCCGCUUCCUGCAGGAGAACAACGUCCUGUACCAACACAACCUGCGGCGCAUCAAACAGCACCUGCAGAGCAAGUAUCUGGAGAAGCCCAUGGAGAUCGCCCGCAUCGUGGCCCGCUGCCUGUGGGAAGAGCAACGUCUGCUGCAGACGGCCACCACUGUGCAGCAGGAUGGCCAGGUUGCCCAUCCUACGGGUACUGUGGUGACAGAAAAACAGCAGAUACUGGAGCACAACCUGCAGGACAUCAGGAAGAGAGUACAGGACAUGGAGCAGAAGAUGAAGAUGUUGGAAAAUCUGCAAGAUGACUUUGACUUCAACUACAAAACUCUCAAGAGUGCUGGAGAGUUGUCCCAGGACCUGAAUGGAAACAGCCAGGCUGCAGCCACCAGGCAGAAGAUGUCUCAGCUGGAGCAGAUGCUGAGCGCUCUGGAUCAGCUGAGGAGGCAAAUAGUGACUGAGAUGGCAGGGCUGCUGUCUGCCAUGGACUUUGUGCAGAAGAAUCUGACGGAUGAAGAACUGGCCGACUGGAAGAGGAGACAGCAGAUCGCUUGCAUCGGAGGACCACCGAACAUCUGCCUGGACCGCUUAGAGACAUGGAUAACCUCUUUGGCUGAGUCACAGUUGCAGAUAAGACAGCAGAUCAAGAAACUGGAGGAGCUUCAACAAAAGGUCUCGUACAAAGGAGAUCCAAUUAUUCAGCACCGCCCUGCUCUGGAGGAGAAAAUCGUUGACCUGUUCCGCAGCCUUAUGAAGAGUGCAUUUGUUGUCGAGAGGCAGCCUUGUAUGCCCAUGCACCCUGACCGACCCCUUGUCAUCAAAACAGGAGUUCAGUUCACCACCAAAGUCAGGUUGCUUGUGAAAUUCCCAGAGUUGAAUUACCAGCUGAAAAUCAAAGUUUGUAUUGACAAGGAGUCAGGUGACGUGGCAGCCAUUAGAGGUUCACGCAAGUUCAACAUCCUUGGCACCAACACUAAGGUGAUGAACAUGGAGGAGUCCAACAAUGGCAGCCUGUCAGCAGAGUUCAAACAUCUGACCCUACGAGAGCAGAGAUGUGGCAAUGGAGGCCGAACCAACAGUGAUGCGUCUCUGAUAGUGACUGAAGAACUUCACCUGAUCACAUUCGAGACAGAGGUCUACCACCAAGGACUAAAGAUCGACCUUGAGACACACUCUCUCCCAGUGGUGGUCAUCUCUAAUAUCUGUCAAAUGCCAAAUGCAUGGGCGUCCAUCCUGUGGUACAACAUGCUGACCAACCAUCCAAAGAAUGUGAACUUCUUCACCAAACCUCCAGUGGGAACAUGGGAUCAGGUGGCUGAAGUGCUCAGCUGGCAAUUUUCAUCCACAACCAAAAGAGGACUUACCAUUGAGCAGCUCACCACACUUGCAGAGAAACUUUUGGGUCCGUGUGUAAACUACUCCGGUUGCCAAAUCACAUGGGCCAAGUUCUGCAAAGAGAACAUGGCAGGAAAAGGUUUCUCAUUCUGGGUGUGGCUAGACAACAUUAUUGACUUAGUGAAGAAAUACAUUUUGGCUCUAUGGAAUGAAGGGUAUAUUAUGGGCUUCAUCAGUAAAGAAAGAGAGAGAGCAAUCCUGAGCCCAAAGCCUCCUGGGACAUUUCUGCUGCGCUUCAGUGAAAGCAGCAAAGAGGGAGGAAUUACCUUCACCUGGGUUGAGAAGGACAUCAAUGGUAAGACCCAGAUCCAGUCAGUUGAACCGUACACUAAGCAGCAGCUCAACAGCAUGUCUUUUGCUGAGAUCAUCAUGGGCUACAAGAUCAUGGAUGCCACCAACAUCCUCGUCUCGCCGCUGGUCUACCUCUACCCCGAUAUCCCCAAAGAGGAGGCGUUUGGCAAGUACUGCCGCCCCGAGGCCCAGCCUGACACUGAAUUCCCUGACCCUGGAUGUGUAAUUCAGCCCUACCUGAAGACCAAGUUCAUCUGUGUCACCCCGUGUCCUUCUGUCUUCAUGGACUUCCCGGACAGUGAGCUGCUUGGGAACGGCUUCCCUGGGACUAACUCCGGCAACACAAGUGAUUUGUUCCCAAUGUCCCCUCGUACACUCGACUCUCUCAUGCACAAUGAAGCCGCGGAGGCCAAUCCGGGACCUCUCGAAUCCCUCACUCUGGACAUGGAGUUGAGCUCCGAUCAUCCCUCACCCAUGAGAGAAGGGUUUGCAGCCACAACAGUCUCAGAUAUGGACACCUGCCGAAAUGCUUAGUUUUCCAACAUGUUCGUUUUUUUAGUUAUUUACAUAGGGAAAAGUAAUUGUCAUGUACAUAAUGUGCUUAGGUGCUAGAGCCUUUUCUCUCUCCGAGCCAAUUCUUUUCUUUUCAGUUUUAGCUUUUUAGUUGUCUUUUCAUCCUCAUAUCAACAUUGAUAAUACUGAAUUGAACUUAUUCUUUUUUUAAAUGGUUAAGAUGCAAGCUUUUUUCACUUUUAUUUCAAAAGCAUGAGGUAUUCAAGACCAUUAGCACAGGAGUUUUUAGCUUAAUUGAUCUUUGUCAGAGAAGUGUGAAUAUAAAGGUUAUUAUAAAGUUUUUUUUUUUUAAUGUUUAAUUGCAGACAUUUGGCCAUGACUGUAUAGUAUCAUCUUUUUUUUUUUUUAGGAAUAGGAAGAGCCUUUCACUUGUUUUGCAGUGAGCGUCCACUGGUGUUUGCAAACAUGAAACAUUUAAGCUGUUAGCAUAGCAUUCUUCAGUCUUUAUGUUGAUCUUUUGAAAUGAGUGUGAAGGGGAGUAACUUUACAGUAGUAUUGAUAAGCAGUACUUGCCCAAACUCGGCGUGCUCUUGUACCGUGAGUUAACAUUUAUGUUCAAAUGAGAAGGUGUAAAGCAAGUUUGUGCAUGCAGGUCUAUAAUGUCCCCUUUAGCUUCUGUUUUAUAUGAAUAUACUGUAUUUUAAUGUUGCUGAAAACUAUUUUACUCUUUUAUUGGAUGUCUUCGGAAAGUGAAUGGAAGAAGAUAAAUAUAAAUUACGCAGAUGAGCAAAUGUGAUAUUUCCACCAUAUUACAGUGUCCUUUAUAUGUUUAUUGCGCUUAGAUAGCAAGCAGAUCUUGCACAGAGCCAGCAGGACUAUUGUAACAAUAUGUAGAGAGACACAUUCAUACAUGCACAUAUAUACAGAUAUUUAUAAUUUUGUUUAAUUCACUGAUCUGUUGUGUCAUCAUGUAAGGUAGUGCUUCAAACAGAAAUAUGAUGGAAAAGUAUGUUUCUUCAUUGUGUAACUAAUUUUUAAAUGUCUGUCAGUCUGAUAUGGCUUCCCACUCUGUGUAUCUGUCCUUCCACUCUGACUUGAUAGUGUGUAUACUAUUAUAUAUACGCUGCACUAUGUAUAUUCUCUUUAUUGUACAAUGAAUUCUUGAUGAAAGAAA